UUCUCUACCCUUCCAUUCUCCGUUCCUAUUCGCAGCCGAUCCUCUGUUGUUGGCACUCAUUUAUCUUCGACGUACGACUUCCUCCACUUCCCUUCCAUCCUUGUUCCAUUUCCCUUGUUCACAAAAUCAUUCAAUCUCAGGUCUUUCUUCCGUAGCCCCGCCUGAAGACGACGAAUCGGUAAACAUCCAUCGUCUAUCCCAAACCCCACACACGCGUCCGCCUUGGAAAACCAGAAAGACGAGCCGUAUUUAGCGCCUCACGGAUUUGGGGAUUUUUGGCGAUUACUUUUCGGUUGUUUUGUUUGCCGUAUAAAUAGUACAACCAACGGCGCGGUUAGACACAGUUAAAGUUCGACGCUCGUCAAAGAUACAAUUCGCGCAGAAUUCCCUUCGCUGGAUACAUCGAUUUGAGAGACCAAAGUGACAAGUGGCUUCAUCGAAAAGAAUUUCAACCAUGUUCAAGCUAGUUGCUGUAUUAAGCUGUCUGGUAGCGAUCAGUUCGGCCAUGCCGGCUUUGGAGCUCUCGCAACCGAUCGCAGCUCCAGAAGCUCAAAACAGUCCGGCCGUGCUGAUCGUUCAGGCCGAUGACGAUGAUGCAGAUCUGGCCGGUGCUGAGACGGCUCACCACGGAUACGGCGGAUACGGUGGAUACGGAGGCGGCUAUGGCGGUGGCUUCGGAGGCUAUCCGUAUGGAGGCUAUGGAGGAGGAUUCGGAGGAGGUUAUGGUGGCGGUUUCGGUGGAUUCGGAGGUGGAUACGGCCACGGCGGAUAUGGUGGAUACGGACAUGGACAUCAUCACCAUCACGGAUAAGAGAUCUUGCCGACUUCCGACUAUCGAUCAUGCUAGAUCGAGCUACGACACCGACUCAAUUCAACCCAUCUGUUUCACCUCACUGUGAUCAGCAUCCAUCCAGGGAUGUAUUUGCAUUUAUUGUUCGUUUAACUUAUCCUGACAACGCCUUUUAAGACGACACCAUGACCAUCGAUCACCCGAACUGUUAUUUAUUAACUGGAUACCAUUCUGUAUUACGAAUAAACGUUCACCAUUUAAGCAUA